ACAUUUAUUUUAGCUUGAGUAUCUUCGCCCAACUUUUGUCAAAGGGAGACUACUGAGCGAACAUGAUCGAACUGUGGAAUGUGGUUAUAAUUUAUUAAGAAAAAGUUCCGCCCGCUGACGCGUGUGUGUGUGUGUGUGUGCUGUUUACUUCUGUAACACUUUGACAAUCCACUUUUUGUUAGUCUGUCACAUUUCACGCGAAUGACUUUUGUCUUCAGUUUGAGGCUACUGACACUUCUUUCUGCUUCCACUUUCAUGUCUCUAUAGAACUACAAGUGCAGAUCGGGCUGUCAUAGAAUUAUUCACUAUGGAUUUCUAUAUCACUUGCUCAUCCAUCAGUGUCCAUGCUGCUAACCAAGACAUUGUCCAACAGUGGUAAACUUUCCUUGACCUAUGUACAAUCUCAUAUCAGUGUUAGUAUAAAAACAUUCAGUCAGUGCAAACACCACUUAAACACAUUGAGAAGAUUUUCUUGUCAAAGUUUUCAAAGGAAGUCUGGGAGUCUCAGUUCUCAGAGAAACUCGCUAGGGCUGUGUGGUGCACUAGGGGCACCAGCUCCUUGUAGGAAAUUCAGCACAAAUACAGUCAUGGCCAAAAGUAAAUUUGAUUAUGUUCGACAGUUUGAAAUAGACGACCCUUGCUUGCCAAACUGUUGGAUUGUCAUUAGAAUUGAUGGGAAAGGUUUUCACAAGUUCACUGAAGCUCACAAUUAUAUGAAACCAAAUGAUGAACGUGGUCUGGGAUUGAUGUCUUGUGCAGCACAGAGAGUGAUGAAUGAGUUUAAAGAAAUUGUUUUAGCCUAUGGCCAGAGCGAUGAGUACAGCUUUGUUUUUCACAAAAACUGUCAGGUCUUUAACAGGAGAGCAAGUAAAAUAAUGACAAAUGUUGUCAGCCUGUUUGCCUCGUCUUUCACAAUGUACUGGCCACGAUAUUUCAACACACAAGAGCUCCAGUACCCACCAGCAUUUGAUGCCCGAGUUGUUUUAUACCCUUCAGAUGAGAAUCUGAGAGAUUAUCUAAGUUGGCGGCAAGCUGACUGCCAUAUCAACAACUUGUAUAAUACAUGUUUCUGGAAAUUAGUUCAGGAAAAAGGGUUAAGCCCAGCGCAGUCAGAAGCAAGACUUCGUGGCACCUUAUCAAGUGACAAAAAUGAACUGCUGUUUUCUGAGUUUAAUAUCAAUUAUAACAACAUUCCUGAAUUGUAUCGUAAAGGAUCAGUUCUGAUUAGAAAUAAAGAGCUCAAUGGCCCAGAGAAAACUAUGACUAGUAAUAACGAAGACAAAACAAGAUAUUUAAAGUCGGAACAAAAGAAAGCCCUAGCUUCUUGUUUAGUCUUACAUUGUGAUAUCAUAGGGAAAAAAUUCUGGGAGGAGUAUCCUUACAUUCUCAGUGAUAAAUGAAGAACAUAUGAGUCAAUAGUUUGUUCUGUUUUGGGUUUAGGAUAAAUGUGUAUUAAAUUUAUGAAUGUGAUUUGUACCAAUGACUGAAUGAGGAAUGAGUUAAUAUUAAAAAUUUACAGUAACCGACUAAACGUGUUUAUUCAUUGUGUGUAUCAGGCAAUAACAUUCAUAGCCCAUGUCUAUUAAUUUAAACAAGUAACUAAAGCAUAAGAAUAAAUGCACAAAGAUGUGCACAAUUUAUUGUCAACUAAAAGCAUGAUGCUACACUCUAUUCAAAAACUAGCACUCUAGUUCAGCUGUGAUCUAAUUGAAUUUGAUUUUAACUUUUAACUCAAAGUAUAGUUCAUUGAAUUAGGAAAAAUAAAACUAUGAGGUAUUUUCAUGUGAAGAUAUAGUCUGAUGUUAAUAGUGCACAACUGAUGACCCUACUCAACGCUAAAACAAUAUUAAUGAGUAUAUCACACAAGUAAUUUACAGUCAUAAAAUAAAUAUAUCAUUAACCAAGAACUUGUCACAACUGUAAUGACACUGCUGUGAAGUUACUGUCUAAGUACAUUGGGGAAAGACCUUUAAGUACUGUCCUUACUAGAAUAUCUACCCAGAUAAAGGAAUGUUAAAGGGGGGGGGGUACACCUAAAGAAUGUGCUGGACACAAGCCUCAACCUUUUCAGAAGUGUUAUAACUAUUGUGUGUUUUAAAAUUAAAUGUCAUUCAAAUACGUCAGAGAAAUGGUGUAACUGACAAUGCUAUAAACAACAGCUUUAGUUAGAAAAUGUUUCUCCCCCUUGUUAAUUACUAAUCUUAACACAACUUUAAGAUCUGGGUAUAAAUAGUUACUUACCUAAAGAUGAUAAUAAAUAUCUUUUUGGUUCACUAAUUAAACAAAAUACAAUGUCAAUACAUAAAUACACCAGCAUGUGAGCCAAACUAUGUACAUAUCCACGCCACUCUUACACAUUAUUUUGUUUGGAUAAUGAAAGACUAUAUAAAUAUAUGUAUUGAGUAUACACAAUAUGUGCCAGUGAUGUUCAGCCCCAGGUAGACUGCAUUUUGCAUUAAGAAUGCAGUGUAUGUGUGCAGUUUAUAAUAUGCACCUGUUUACUGAAUAGUAUAAGCAUGCACUGAAUAAAAUAUGAGUCACAUAUGCCACUGUUAUGGUGUACAGUACAUACUACGUCCAGUGCUCAUCAUAACCAAUGUGUAUUAGGGUGUGAAGUACACACCAUGCCCAUAAUAAAAUCAUGUAAUAGGUUGUACAGUAGACAGCAUGCCCAAAACCAGUCAAAACCCUACGUUCAUUGAUCAGGAGCCACCUAUAUAAAAGUUACACACUGCUGCCAAAUGUUUAAAGUAUUAAGGAAUCUUGAUACAAAACAAAUGUGUCUAUUAAUUCUACAGAAAGACUUACUUACAUAGCUUCUAAGAUGUUAUUUUUGAAAAGGCCAUUUCUAAAUGAUCAAGUGUAAUGCUAACUAUUGCAUUAGUUGCAUUCUUUUCUAUCACACUACCAUCAUUGACAUAUAAGAAGAUAAAAAGUUUCUGUUCAAUCAAGUCCACAACCAAACAAUGCACAGACCUACAUAAUCAACAAAGCUUAAGCACAAAUUUGUAUCAAAUAAAAAGAGAACAAAGUCUAGAAACUUUACAUGAAGGCAAAGCAACACUCAAGAAAAAACUAGUUUUAAAUUUAACCACAAGUUUUGCUUUGAAAAUAUGUUACAUUUGCAGUAGAAUUUUUUGUGUUCUGAUAAAUGUGUGUGUUGAUUUAUCAAAUGUAGAGAUGAUAAUGUUGGGCAAAGAAUUAAGAAGGGAAAAA